GUUAAACGGCUCUGGAUUGGCUGCAAGGAGGACUUGCUCAAUCGAGGUAUCGCUGGCUCGACGCCUGUCCAAACCAUGCUCACAGCACGGAGGCAGCAACGCCCAGCAGCGCGAGAUGCCAAGCAAUCCCUUCGCAUGGUGGCCUAUCGAGAGCAGAAGAAGAAGGAGAUGGCAGAACUGAAAGACAACAUUCGGAAGCUGGAGAGGAUUCGGUCGUUUUUACACACUACGACACUUGCACGACCUUCCAGAUCUGGCAGCCUACUGUUGCCAUGGCACGAAGUCGCCAAGGCACUUGCGGACCUCAGACACCUCUCCGAGUCGCAGAACCAAGCAUUGAGGUCGCAGCUGAAGCAUCAUGAGGCUCUCGUUAGUGAAAUGUAUAACUGGGCUGCAUCAUUUCACAUCAAGAAUUGCCCGGACCCAAAGCGGACAUCGUGGAGGCAUGUGACUCUCUUACAAGACCCAGCGUUGCGAAAACUGGGCAAGGAGUGGAUCACGGAGCACAUGUACCACAACACGGACACAAUCUUCCGCCAGCAUGGAUUUCCACCUCUGCACUCGUCCAAGCACCUCCUCCAAGACUUCAAUUUCACCUUUGACAAUGAUGAAGGGUACCAUUUCACUACGAGGCACAUGACGCGGUUGCCUGGGUCGGUCAACUCGUUCUUGGACCACUACAAAUCGACGUUGCUACAAUUCCAAAGCUGCAUUCUGGAUUACGAUCCUUCCAUGACAACUACAGUGGAAGAUGGCGCGACCAUCCAGUACACUCUUGUCACUCCUCGCCACGAAUACGUGAAUUUGCUCUGCGCAACGUACCGCACGAUGAACCGGGUCGUGUUUGUGGGGAGGCAAAUUGAAGACGACGAGGCGUACGGCGCUUGCAAAACCACUCGCCAGCGAACGCGCAUGUUUUGGUACGUCCACCACGCAGACGUGUUUGGUCACGAGUGUUUCGUCAGGUGCGACUUGCACACUCUCGAGGACGGGUCGAACGUCGGCCGUGGUCUGUGGAUUCAAACCCAGAGUUUUACAAAGGAAGGGGGUGUCGUCCCUUUGGAGAGAGACGCGGCUGAGUACGACAUCGACCUGACGACGUGCCCACCCCACCUUUGGGAAGCCACGUUUCCAUCCAUGUUUGUCGACGCCGUGCUACAAAAUGCACGCAGCGUCGCGGACCGUCGCCACUUGUUGACAUAAAGCACCCAGCGCUAAAUUAUUGUUCCGGAGUG